AUGAGGGUCUACGAAUGUCGAGAGGCUGAUAAGGAUGACGAGGGUGACGAGGAUGAUGAGAUUUCCAAGUACCACAUCGACGCAUGGUUGACAAUGCCCACGCCUACUGUCUUGCUCUUUGGACCACGGCUCGUCAUAGCAGAGAAAACGGCCUUUGCAGAGUUCGUACAGCAAGUCAAAGCCGCCGAUCCUGACUACGACACCAUCCUCAUGUUGCAAACUGGCAGCGAAAUUGGCAAUUUAGAUUGGUCCAGCGACGUCUGUGACGCAGCCUUGGCUACGUUGGACUACUUGGACUUCCUCGUCCAGUCUGGCUCAGUGCUUUGUGCUGCCGAGAUUCACGCCUGGGAGGACUUCGCCAGUACUUCCCUAGGCAAGGUCGAGCUUUUCACCACAUAUCAUGUUGCCAACCACAUCUACGCCCUGGCCAAAAUUGCCAAAGAGGCUUACCCUGUCCCGAUCAUUGUCAAUGCUGCUCUCGAACGAGCUGAAGGAAGGAAGCACAGCGGCCCUCUUCUCGAGACCUUACACCUCUGGAAGCUCUUUGCGCCACGUAUCGAUCUUUAUGCACCACGAAUGCUUCACAACAAUUACAACGAGACUUGUGAGACCUGGGGCUCGGGUAGCGACCAACCUCUCCUUAUCCAGGCCCACAGUCAAUUGGAGACCGAAAGUCGCCUGAUUUGGUCUGUGCUUGUCUCUUACGCCGCCAUUGGGGUCAUUUUCUUCAAGAUUGAGGAUAUGAGCAAGAGGCAUGAAUCUAUCAUUCAGCAAUCCGCCCUAUUCCGCCAAGCCGUCCCCUUUCUCCUAGAUACCCAGGACCGAGGCAACCCGCACAUUGGGGUCAUUAGUGCUCCCAAUGAUUCACUUGAGUGGCCUGCGGAUCUAGGACCGGCCCAUUUUAGAUCUGGAGAGUUUGAAAGGUGA